CCUUGCCCCUAGUCGGUCACCGAGUGCAAGUCUGCGUUGAGCAGCGGCAGCGGUAUCACCCGGACAUUACACCGUAAAUCACUGUACCCCCACCGCUGGAAGACAGCUUUUCCACUAUGGGCGACAAGAAGAGCCCAACCAGGCCAAAAAGACACGCCAAGCCCUCGGCUGACGACGGAUUUUGGGACUGUAGCGUCUGCACCUUCAAAAAUAGUGCCGAGGCGUUUAAGUGCAGUAUGUGUGAUGUACGUAAAGGCACAUCCACAAGGUCCAGGAAGCCGCGCAUCAACUCCCAGCUCGUAGCCCAGCAGGUGGCUCAGCAGUUUGCCACCCCCCCGCCACCCAAGAAGGAGAGGAGGGAGCGCUUGGACCGCGACCGGCACGACCUGGACCUGCCCGACGACGAGCACCUGGAUACGGACCACUCGGACUCCGACCGCCUCAGCAGCGUCCACCCAGACAGCGACACUGGCACCGAGCGGCCGCACCGCGUGGACGAGCACCGCGUGGACGAGCACCGCGCCGAGCGUGAACGGGGCAGAGACGAGCACCAAGCGGAGUGCGAGCGUGAUCGUGAGCGUGAGCGUGAUCGUGAGCGUGAGCGUGAGCGUGAUCGCGAGCGGGGCAGGGAGGUGGCACGGGCCCGCGGGGAGAUGGACAGAGCGCUGACCGAGAGGGUCUGGCCCGACAGGGAGAGCCCUGUCCCUGCAGGACUGGAGAAGGUGCGGCCCAACAAGCCCCACACACUGCACCAGCAGAACCCGCUGAACCCGCAGAACCAGCAGAACCCAGAGCGCCGGAGCUUAGCUGGGUCCGAGGCCCCAGAGCAGGAACCGGAGAGCACGUAUCCCAUCCGGGAUCCGCUCAAGAAGGACAAGGUCGAGAGGGACAAGGUCGAGAGGGACAAGGUCGAGAGGGACAAGGUCGAAAUGGACAAGGUCGAGAGGGACAAGGUCGAGAGGGACAAGGUGGAAAACGAGCCGGACAAACACAGCAGUGCAGCCAAGGGAGGCCCAGUGCCCAUCAAAAAGCCUGCGGCCAAAAAACCAAAACCCCGGUUAAUUCAUAAAGGGCUACCUAGUGAGAAGAACAGUGUGAAAUCAGGAAAGUCAACGGCAAAGAAGAACAACCGCCUCAUCUCACGGCCCAGGCUGAAGAACGUCGAUCGCAGCAGUGCCCAGCAGCUGGCCAUCACCGUGGGCAACGUGACCGUCAUCAUCACAGACUUUAAGGAGAAGACGCGCUCCUCCUCCACCUCCUCGUCCACGGCCACCUCGAGCGUGGGCUCGGACCAGCAGAACCACACGUCCGGCUCCGAAAGCAACGACCGAGGCUCGUCCCGCGCAUCCACCCCCCGGGGAGAACUGGCCCCCAGGCAAGGGGACGCACUCUGAGCCCAUCCCCCCCCCCGCCGCCGCCGCUGCCCGCAGCAGCAGCCCCCGGUGGCCGCGGCUGACCAGGCCCUCCCCCGUGACGGAACACGAGGAGCGGAACAUGAGGAGCGGAAGAUGGCGGACGCCGAUUCUGUGAUGACAUUCCAUCUCUGCAUCCUUGCCGUGUUCCCCGUGCCGUGGGGUCGACUUUUCAACACGAUCUUUUGUGGAAGCAAGAAGGAUGACUGUGUACGUUUAAGCCUUAUCCUUGCCAAAUGUGUUUCAUUACUUGCUGUGGCUUUAGGCACAUUUUGUUUUCCUGGACAGACCGGAGGAACUGGAGGGGGGAUUCUCUGCCAGUUUGGUCAGUGUGUGAGCUGGUUAAGUAGUCGUGUGUGUGGCUCAGUGCAAUCUCAACACAUCUGCUGUGUCCAUCAAGGCACGUGUGACCCCUCCAUCCUCUCAUGCUAUAAUUCAUUUGAUCCUAUAAUAGAAAAGGCCAUCGAUGUAAACACACCAGCCGGUGAACUGUGUGGAUCUACAGGAGGCGGCUUAAAGCUCUCUGAUAUAACUCACUCUGAUGUGACAUGGAUUUGCGCAGAAAGAAAUGUAUAUUAUUGCUAUCUGUGCAUCUUAUUGUGUUUUUUUUUGUUUUUUUUUAAACAAGGACGACUUCUUUUAAUUUAGCAUCAAUAUAGUGUUGCCCUUGGUAUGAAAGACAAUAGCAUUUUCUCCUAAAUAUAUUGAAAUCAUGACAUUCUGUGCAUUUUACAGCUGUUAUUUAUUGAAUGAUGAAAGAAACUAUCUAUAUAUAUACACUCACUAGUUGUCUUUUAAAAUAACAAUGGAAUUUUUGAAAUAAAGAAUGCAUAAUGCCGAGCUACCUUAUGUGAUUCUGGGUCAGUUUGUGGAUCUUUUUCUGCAUAUUGAAGACAAACAUUUAUUGUCUUCAACUAUCUUGAUGUCACUUUGUAUUUGCUAAGCAACAUUAUACCCUGUGAGCAACUUACUGACAUAAUGUGUUUAUGUGGUUAAGAGUUGUUAAACAUCAGACCUCAAUAGCAAACCUAGUUGAAUAAUCUUUUUGAUAUCACUGAAUGAAGGGCCUUUUGAUAUCAAUCCUUAAAAGUCAUUUUCUACUUCAAAUGUUAUAUGUUGCAUUUAAGAGAAUAGCCCUAAUCGUUUCACACCUGUGGGGAAAUGGUAAACAUAUUCAAUGAUCCAUGGGGCAGGACAGAGGAUACUAUGGCCAAUUCCAUGGAUUCUGCUUAUUCUUCUGAUUUGAUAUGGUUUGUGUAGGACAUUGAGUAGGAGACUACGUCAUUUGUAAUCUCUGGGAAGCUGAACAUUUCUCAUUUAAGCACUGGACUCUAAAAGAUGCAGUAUUUCCUAUGUACAGCUUUGUUUAUGUUCCAUACCGAAAUCAGUCAUGUUAAUGUGAUCGUGAUCAGCAUUGGAUGUCUUUUCCACCCACAAGCCAUUCUGUUCCUUCGUUCGGAGCAGUACCCUUAAUUUAUGAUGUACAAAUGGUUCCAGAGCAGUACCCUUAAUUUACGAUGUACAAAUGGUUCCUUUUUUGUUUGUUAUAGACCUAGAGCAAUAGCAUUGCUUUGUUGUACCAGUACAUGUUGCGUGCUAAUAUAUGCCAUAAAGGUGAUCUUUUUAUUUAAUAUGACUGAAGGAAAUAAACGACUUUGCUCAAUGUUA